ACCCUCCGUUUGUAUAAUCAGACCACCAAACAAGAGUUCGCUCUAGCGUGGGUAACAUUCGAGAUGGCCGAGCCUCGCGGGGAUGCUUACAAAAAAUCUCCUCAGUCCGAUGGAGCAAAACGUGAACAAGGAGUUAGCAGAGCAAUCCUGGCCGCGUUGAUCGCUGCGCUUGGCCCAGUGAGCUUUGGGUAUUGUAUUGGUUAUUCGUCUUCUGCUUUGGAAGAUUUGCAAAACGCUGAUUAUUCUUCAGUUGUGCGUCUAUCUGCAGAUCAGGGAUCCUGGUUUUCGUCUCUGAUCACCGUUGGCGCUAUUUUUGGCAGUCCUCUUGCUGGAUGGGCGAUUGAUAAGCUUGGUAGAAAGAGUACCAUAAUGUUAUGUGUUGUUCCUUUUGUAUUGGGAUGGCUUCUCAUCGGCUUUGCUCAAAAUCUCGCUAUGCUCUAUUCCGGCCGAGUUAUUUCAGGCUUAGCCUGUGGCGUGAUCUCUGUUACUGCCCCGGUUUACAUCUCAGAAACCGCCCCUCCUCGUCUAAGAGGCACACUGGGCACAUUCAACCAAAUGGGAAUUGUAUCGGGUAUCUUGUUGUCUUUCAUAACGGGCCAUGCCCUCAACUGGUAUUGGUGUGCCAUAAUAGGAACAGGGUUCCCAACCUGUUUGUUGAUAUUGAUGAUUUUCAUGCCAGAAACUGUCUGCUGGCUGUUGGCUCGUGGAAAAGAAAAACGCGCCUACAUGACAGCAUGGUGGCUGCGAGGACCGAAUGCUGACGUGGAGAAGGAAAUUAUGGAAAUAAAAGAUAGCUUAGAAAACAAGGAGAGGAUGUCAAUCAAGGAAUUUGCCAAACCCAGUCUCUUACGUCCGUUCGCAAUCAGCUUGGCCCUUCAUUUCUUCCAACAGAGCACUGGCAUCAACGCAGUCAUGUUCUACUGUGCCACCAUCUUCCAAAAGGCUGGUUUCCAGAACAAAAGCACUAUGGUGCCGAUUUUAAUUGGCAUCAUCCAGGUAGUUGCCGCUGCCUUGUCUGUAAUUAUGAUUAGUCAUGCUGGUAGGCGUUUCCUGUUGAUCGUAGGUGGUGUGGGAAUGAGCAUAAGCCUUUUCAGCUUGGGUUCUUAUUUUUACAUCUCUGAGAACUCUCUGUCCAAGAAUAGCAUUGUUACUUACUACGAUUUCUCGUGGGUGGCUGUUACGAGUGUUGCUGUGUACAUAGUGGCAUUUGGUAUGACGUGGGGUCCCUGUGCUUGGCUCAUAAUGAGCGAGAUAUUUCCAGUCAAGGCUAGGGGAAUAGCCAGUGGCAAUGCAACUCUAUUCAACUGGACUUGCGCAUUUACAAUCACUAAGACAUUUCCGUUCUUUAUCAAUACACUCACAGCGGCCGGAACCUUCUGGUUAUAUGGAAGUCAGGCGAUUAUGGCCGUAUUUUUUGUUUACGUUUGUGUCCCAGAAACGGAGGGAAAAUCUCUUGAGAAGAUUCAAAUGUACUUCGAGGGUAAAGGGAAAAAAGAGAGGGAUUCCAUAGAAUUGCCCAUACGAGAAACCUACGUAUUAGCAUCGAACAAAGCAUCCAACAUGACUGAGCUUGAAAAAGAGUUUACCUCAUCCAUUCAGUCCAACGAAAUAGUACAGAACGUCAGGGUCGGAAGAGCAAUCCUUGCUACUUUCAUUGCAGCUCUCGGCCCGUUGUCAUUUGGAUAUUGUAUGGGAUAUUCAUCGUCUGCUUUGGAAGAUCUAGUACAUCAAUCCAGUAGUGCUUCUGCUACUGGUUUAACUGACGGGCAAGGAUCAUGGUUUUCUUCCCUGGUCACAAUUGGAGCCAUUCUUGGAAGUCCCGUGGGUGGAUGGGCAAUUGACAAGUUUGGUCGCAAGAGUACGAUAAUGUUGUGCGUUGUACCAUUUGUUCUGGGAUGGCUGCUUAUCAGCUUUGCUCAGAAUAUCCCCAUGCUCUACUCUGGUCGGAUCAUCACAGGAAUGGGUUGUGGUGCAGUCUCACUUGCUGUUCCAGUCUACAUUGCUGAGAUUUCACCUGCACAGUUGCGUGGAGCACUCGGCUCUGUUAACCAACUUGCAGUUACAUUGGGCAUUUUGGUUGCUUAUGUAGUAGGGGUUGUGUGUCACUGGAAAUGGCUGGCUAUUAUUGGUGCAGUUCCGCCAGCAAUGCUCAUCAUUCUGAUGUAUACCAUGCCAGAGACUCCUCGUUGGUGUCUCGGGAAGAACAUGAGAAAAGAAGCACUGGAUUCUUUGCUGUGGUUUCGAGGCCCUGAAGCUGAUAUUGAAAAUGAAUGUUUCCUCAUUGAAUCAACUUUAGAUCGGCAAGAGGCACUAAAGUUGCAAGACUGGCUGACGCCAGUGAUAGCAAAACCCUUGAUAAUUAGUCUUGGGUUAAUGGUGUUUCAACAAUUUUGUGGAGUCAAUGCAGUUCUCUUUAAUGCUGCCCACAUCUUUGCAAUGGCAGGAUUUAAAAAUGGGAAGGUCGUCUCCAUUGCUGUGGGCCUGGUGCAGUUUGUCGGAACAGGUUUAGCAUGCAUCAUUAUGGAUAAAGCAGGGAGGCGUAUCCUCCUCUUGACAACAGCAAUUGGAAUGUGUGUCUCUCUUGUAGCACUUGGUGUGUAUUUUGAGAUCUACAUCCCUCCAGAAGGUGAAGGCUCAGCAAGUGAGACAGUUUCCUUGCUUGGUUCAAUCAGUCACUCUAUUCCAGCCAAGAAGAUUUCCUGGUUAUCAAUUUUGUGUAUUGUUUUGUUCAACUUGAUGUUUGCCCUUGCAUGGGGACCUGUUCCAUGGCUUGUGAUGUCAGAAAUAUUUCCCCUCCGAGCCCGAGGUCCAGCCAGCAGCUUUGCAACUAUGGCCAACUGGACAUUAGCAUUUAUUGUCACUAAAACAUACCAGUCCAUGGCUGAUACUCUUCAAAACCAAGGUGUAUACUGGUUGUAUGCAGGGUUCUGUUUUGUUUCAUUCAUUUUUGUUUAUGUACUAAUGCCAGAGACAAAGGGGAAAACAUUGGAAGAGAUAGAAGCCAUGUUUGACAAGAAGAAUUCACAAUAUGAACGUAUCCACUAGCAAGUGAAGAGAUGGAAUGGAUGUAAACCUCAAACUCUCAGGAUGUCAUUUGUUUUUUCUUCAAUUAAGCUGCUAUGUUCCCAGUAAAAUAUAUAUAUAUAUA